AUGUACUUCUCCAAGUCGAUAGUCGUAGCCAACCUCAUGGGUCUUGCGCUGGCGCAAGUACCAAAGGGCUUCACACCUGAGGCCAAGAGCAAACUCGAAGUCAUGUUCAAAGCGGUUACCGUCAAAACCCCCGGAGAGAUGCUUCCAAAAGCUGAUGUCGCCGCCGCACCCACAAUUGGUCUAACGGGCGCAGAAGCCAACAUGGCCGGCACAUUCAUGUUCGUUAUGCUGGACUUGGACGUGCCACCCGGCAACGGUAGCACUAAACGCCGCGUACUUCUCCACGACAUGACGACCGGCUUCAAGGCAGCCAAGGGCAAAGCCAACGGAACGACGACGCUUCUCCAGUCGACUGAGAAAGGCCCGGCACCAUACAUUUCCCCAAACCCGCCAGCAACGGACACGAUGGCCCAUCGCUAUGUCGAGCUCUUGUUCAUGCAGCCCGAUAAACUCCAAGUCCCGGCCUCGACAUUUGCCAACAUGACUGCCCGUAUCAACUUUGACAUCAAUGCUUUUAUGAAGCAGCAUUCUUUGAGCGCCCCGGUUGCAGCAAACUUCUUCCAGGUGGACGGAAAGGCUGGCCCCAAGGGAACUGGAGGCAUGGCCAGCCCCACUGGUGGCAAGGGAGGCAAGCCUACACCCCAGCCUUUCGAGGGUGCUGGUAGCGAGCUUAGCGUUCCACUUCGGAUGGCGGUUCAGCUUGGCGGUCUGGCGGUGUUUGUGCUUUUCGCACUCUAG